GCGGGAGGAAGCGGGGCUGGGGACGAGGCUGCAGCAGCCGGCCCGCGGCCUCUGGCGGAGCUUCGUCCUCGGUUCCGGGUGCCGGGCGUUGGCGUGGCUUUGCUGGGCCGUCUCCCACCGGAGAGCCGGCGUUGUUUCCGGGGGGAGCCACCCCGUUACUCGAGGUCCUUCGUAGUGGAAACAAACGCGUGAGGAAGAUCGUGAGGGUCGCAACAGGACCGUUUCGAACACGGUUGUUUACGCGAGUCUGACAGGCUAAAAAGUGACGCGUUGUGAGCACUGACUAAUGCAGGACGGAGCUGUAGCCGAUACACCGAAUUGUAUGAUGCUGUUCCAAUCCAGUCUAGUGUGGUGUUAUGCUCCUGUUCAUCCCCAUCAAUGGUGAGGAACCAAGCAGAUUCCAGCACUCCAUCUGUCAUUUCCACCUGUGGCAGCAGACAGGGUUCUAAGAUGGAGGGCACUGCAGCUGAAUCGAGAUCCAGUUCAAAUUCCUUGCAGCAACAUACGGGACAGCAGCCUCCACAGCCUCGAAAGAAACGACCUGAUGACUUCAAAUUUGGGAAAAUUCUGGGUGAAGGAUCUUUUUCAACGGUUGUCUUGGCUCGAGAAUUGUCAAGUUCUAGGGAAUAUGCCAUUAAAAUUCUAGAGAAACGUCAUAUCAUAAAAGAAAACAAGGUGCCAUAUGUGACACGGGAGAGAGAUGUAAUGUCCCGCCUGGAUCACCCUUUUUUUGUGAAACUCUACUUCACCUUUCAGGACGAUGAAAAGCUGUAUUUUGGGCUUAGCUAUGCCAAAAAUGGAGAGCUGCUAAAGUAUAUACGCAAAAUUGGCUCAUUUGACGAGACCUGCACCAGGUUCUAUACUGCUGAAAUUGUAUCAGCUCUGGAGUAUUUGCAUGGGAAAGGAAUAAUUCACAGGGACCUCAAGCCGGAGAACAUCUUGCUAAAUGAAGAUAUGCACAUUCAAAUAACAGACUUUGGAACAGCAAAAGUAUUAUCUGCAGAUAGCAGACAAGCACGGGCAAACUCAUUUGUAGGGACAGCACAGUAUGUUUCUCCAGAACUGCUGACAGAGAAAUCUGCUUGCAAAAGCUCUGACCUCUGGGCUCUGGGAUGUAUAAUAUAUCAGCUUGUAGCUGGAUUGCCUCCAUUUAGAGCUGGAAAUGAGUAUCUUAUAUUCCAGAAGAUAAUAAAGUUGGAAUAUGACUUUCCAGAAAAAUUUUUUCCCAAGGCAAAAGACCUUGUUGAAAAGCUAUUGGUUCUAGACGCCACCAACAGAUUAGGUUGCGAAGAAAUGGGAGGAUAUGGACCUCUUAAGGCUCAUCCCUUCUUUGAAUCUAUUGUGUGGGAGAACCUGCAUCUUCAGACCCCCCCAAAACUUACAGCGUAUUUACCUGCUAUGUCAGAGGAUGAUGAAGACUGUUACGGAAAUUAUGACAAUCUCCUGAGUCAGUUUGGUUGCAUGCAAGUUUCUGGUUCUGCCUCUUCCCAUUCACUGUCUGUCCCAGAGACAAGUACACCACAGACGUCAGGAGGAAAUAUUGAGCAGUACAUUCAUGAUCUUGACAACAAUUCCUUUGAGCUGGACUUACAGUUUUCUGAAGAUGAAAAGAGGUUACUUCUAGCAAAACAAGCUGGUGGAAAUCCUUGGCAUCAGUUUGUAGAAAAUAAUUUAAUCCUAAAAAUGGGUCCAGUGGACAAAAGAAAGGGAUUGUUUGCACGUAGGCGCCAGUUGCUGCUCACAGAAGGGCCCCACUUGUAUUAUGUGGAUCCUGUCAACAAGGUUCUAAAAGGAGAAAUUCCAUGGUCUUUAGAGUUGCGGCCAGAAGCUAAGAAUUUUAAGACCUUUUUUGUUCACACGCCAAACAGGACGUACUACCUGAUGGACCCGAGUGGGAAUGCUCAUAAAUGGUGCAAAAAGAUACAUGAAGUUUGGCGGCACAGAUACCACCAGAAUGCUGCUAAAUAGUAAAGCUUAUCCAAAACUUCCCAGUUUCCCUACUUGCUGCUAGAACUCCAUGUGCAGCCGAUCAGAGGAAUAUUUUCAACCCACCUAUUACCAUCUCAAGGGGAAGCAUAUGUCUGAAAUGUUCUGCUUUCGGGUUUUGUUUUGGUUGGUUGGUUGUUGGUUUUGGGUUUGGUUGGUUUGUUUUUUUUUUUUUCUUGUGUGUGUGUGGUUUCUUUUUUUUUUUCUUUUUGGUUCUUGUUUGGUUUUUGGAUUUUUUUUCUUUUGUUGUUGUUUUUGGGUUUUGUUUUUUUUUUUUUUUUUAAGAAAAAAGAAAAGCAAAAACCUAAUGGAAUUCAGGGUCACUUUGCUUGCUCAUUGUGCUUCUGUUGAGGCUUCCACAUGCAUAUCAUUGCAGUGAAGAUCUUGCUUUUGUGCACUUCAGCUCAACUUCUGCUGCAGACUAGUGGAUAGACCUUGCAUUCCAGCUUCACUUAAGAUGAGUUAAAACCAAUCCACACGCACACACGCCGAAUCAUGUACCAGCCUUGCGUUUUAUGGGGCUGGAGUUGUCUGUGACUUUCAGAUUAUCAUUAAAAUGUAUUUCAUCAGGGAGCUUUUAUAUGCCUCUCCUAAGCACCA